AUGGCACCAGCGGUUUGGAGGAUGCUCAAGAAGAAGAGGAGAAGCCGGCCCCACGCCGCGGCUCCCGAGCCAAGCGCAGCACUCUGGCACGCAUCGAAGCAGCUGAAGAAGCUGCCGCCACACGACACUCGCAACAGCAAGCCAGACGAGGCCUCGCCUGCGAAGGGCGGACGCAAGCGGCCCGUCGAAAAAGCUGCGGAGGUAGAGGAGGACCCUAACCCGCGCAAGCGCCGACGCAAGGAAGCGGCGGAGGAGAUGCCCUCGCCGCCGCCGCGCCAGAGCAACCGACGGAAGCCGCCUGCCGCCGCGGCAAGCAGCAGCGGGGGAGCGCAAAACCGGGGCACCAAGCGCAAGGCCGAAGAGGAGAUCGACAUCGUGGGCGACAACAACAACGACAACGACGACGAUGACCAACCGCUGCAGCAGCAGAACAGCGGCGACGAAGCCAAGUCGGACGUGGAGAAGGAGGAGAGUUCUGAUGAUGUCGACGUCGACGUCGACGACGAACAAGAAGACGAGAGCAAUGGGGAGGAGGAGGAGGAGGAAGACGAGGCGGAUUCGUUGGUGGUGGAUGAAGAGGAGGACGAGGAGGGCGAGUUUGGGGUGUUCCAGGCGCUGCCCCAGCAGCGCCUCACGAGCCGACAGAGGGCCAUUAUCGACCGGCGCGACCGCGGCGAACCCGACGAGCAGCUCCUCCUCUCCCUGCCCAUGGGGAGCAAGGCGAAGAAGGCGGUGACGGAGGAAGAGCAGCAGAAGAAGGCCGAGAGUGCCCUCCGACGCAAGCGGCAACAGCAACGACAGGCCGAGGAGGAGAAGGAACUGACGGUGCGGAAGCUACUCUCUCGAACCACGCAAAAGAAGGACGAGCAGGGCACGAAGCCGGAGCGGACGCUGGGCGUACCGAGCAUCCGCUACGUGUCCAAGGCGGCAGAGGCCUCGUGUUCGUUCCCCGACGAACCAGCCGUCGAUCUCACCCUCGCCCUUCCCACCUCCAGUCGUACAGUGCCUGGAAGCGAGUGCGUGGUGUGCCACGGCGCGAGGGCCUACCUCAGCAGGGACCACCGGCCCCUGUGCUCCUCGCUCGAGUGCUACCGCACCCUCCACGCAAACGCACAGAAGACGACGUAG